AUGCUUAUUUAAGACAUUUAUUAUAUUUGUUACUUGACCGCAAAAGCAUUUUCGGUUGAAUCUUCCUUUGAUAUCCUGAAGGGGGACAUGGAUAAGAUAAACCAGACAUUUGUGACAGAAUUCAUUCUUCUGGGACUCUCUGGUUACCCAAAACUUGAGAUAAUUUUUUUUGCUGUGAUUCUAGUCAUGUACCUGGUGAUUCUAACUGGCAAUGGUGUUCUGAUCACAGUGAGCAUCUUUGAUUCUCUACUGCACACUCCCAUGUACUUCUUCCUGGGGAACCUCUCUUUCCUGGAUAUCUGCUAUACAUCUUCCUCUGUUCCUUCCACACUGGUGAGCUUAAUCUCAAAGAGAAGAAACAUUUCCUUUUCUGGGUGUGCAGUGCAGAUGUUUGUUGGAUUUGCAAUGGGGUCAACAGAAUGCUUCCUGCUUGGCAUGAUGGCUUUUGAUCGCUAUGUGGCCAUCUGCAACCCUCUGAGGUAUCCCAUCAUCAUGAGCAGGGGAGUAUGUACACUGAUGGCUUGUGUGUCAUGGUUCUCUGGUGGCAUAAAUUCAAUUGUGCAAACAUCUCUUGCCAUGACAUUACCUUUUUGUACAAAUAACAUUAUCAAUCACUUCUUAUGUGAGAUCUUGGCUGUUCUCAAGAUAGCUUGUGCUGAUAUCUCCCUCAACCUUGUUACCUUAAGCAUUUCAAAUAUGGUUUUCCUGGUUCUUCCUCUUCUGGUCAUUUUUUUCUCCUAUACAUUUAUUCUUUACACCAUCUUGCAAAUGAACUCAGCCACAGGAAGACGCAAGGCCUUUUCAACCUGCUCAGCUCAUCUGACUGUAGUGAUUAUAUUUUAUGGCACCAUCUUUGUUAUGUAUGCAAAACCCAAGUCUCAAGACCUUCUUGGGAAGGAUAGUUCCCAAGCUACUGAAGGGCUUGUUUCUGUGUUUUAUGGAGUAAUGACUCCCAUGCUGAAUCCUAUAAUCUAUAGCUUGAGAAAUAAGGAUGUGAAAGCCACUGUGAAAUACUUGCUCUGUCAAAAAAUAGGUAACAACACCUAA